AUGGCAGUGGAAAAUUUCCAGGUUCCCUUUACAAAGUUGAACUCUGCAAAUUACGUGCAGUGGUCUAAGAGGGCUCAAGUCUGGUUGGAAGCCAAAGAAGUGUGGGCUGACUAUGUCCAGAGGCGAAAGCCGUUUGUGGCUGUUGCAGCAGAUGCCACAGCAGAGCAACAGGCUGCUGCACAUGCUCAGAAUAGGGAACAUGAUAAAAUGGACACUAAAGCUAGAUGCAUGUUGAUGGUAUCGAUAGACGAUUCCCAAUUACCUCAUGUGGAAAAUUUAAGGUCUGCAUUUGAAAUUUGGGAAGCUCUUAGGCGAAUUCACCAUAGAGCCACGCCCGGAGAGAAGGUGAACAUUAUACGUGCUUUGUAUGAGUUGAAACUGAAGCCAGGGGAUAGUGUGGUUGAACACACGUCACAGAUGACUGAGUAUUUCAACCGACUGUCAUCUUUAGGUGUGAAUUUUCCUGAAAAUAUUAAAGUUUAUACUCUGCUUAGCAGCCUGCAUGCAGGGUUUGAAAACUUAGUACUAACUUUACAGGUUUUGCCAGAGGACCAGCUGAAUAUGAAUUAUGUGACUGGUAGAUUGUGUGAGCAAGAAUAUCAACAUCAUCGAAAACGUAUUGAUAAUUCAAAUACCCCAAGGGUUGGGUGUUCAGAUAAUUCCCAGCGUGGGGAAACUAGCAGGCAGAGCUGUAAGGAAGCCUCACAAGUGUCUGCUAUGGCCAGCAAGUCAUGUUUUCGAUGUGGCAGCAGGUUUCAUUUGAUAGCAAAGUGUCCAGAAAAGCAACAGGAAUUUCAACAGUCCAGGGCCAGUUUCCGGAGCUACAGGGGAAGACGACGUGAGAACUACAAGAAUCAACGAUCCAGAGGGGGAGCAGGUGCUGAUAAGGGACUAUCUGCAAUGGCAGCACAAAAGAGUCCUAAAAGGAGCCAACAAACCUUGAAGUGGAUAAUUGACAGUGGAGCAAGUCACAGUUUAGUUCCAGCGACAUCCAGUGGCCGCUUGAUGAACUGCAAGACAUUGCCAGUUGCAAAAACCGUGACUAUAGCAGACAAUAGUAAACGAGAAAUGAACCUUAAAGGCACAAUUUAUGUUAACUGUUUGCAAACUAACCUUCCUGUUUUUGUUCUUCCAGGAAUGAAGAAUGGACUUUUGAGUGUGUCAUGCCUGGUAAAAAGUGGUUUUAAGGUUGAGUUUGAAAAUGAUGUGUGCACCAUUUCGAAACAGGGGAAGGAGCUAGUUAAAAUUCCCUGUGAGGAUGGGCUUUUUGUUUUGGAUGAAGAGCAGUUAGCAGCAG